AUGGAGGCACCUCCACCAUACCCUGGACUCAAGAGUCCCCAGCAAAGUGAGAAUCCGAAUCCACUUCCGGAUACAGACCUGAAAAUCUGUACCCAUACACACACCUUGCUGGCGGUUCGAUCGCAAUCUUCCACCACGCUGCACUACUGGUCACCAUCAUCUGACACUGUCAAAAUAUCAUCAGAAAGUAAUACUCAUAUCGCGAUACCUACCAAUCUCGACCCGAGUAGCAUGCAGCUUAUCCGCGGCUUCCGUAAUCUCGGCACCUUUGCACCGCCCGCCACAGACGAUGACCCGACGAGGAUAGCAUUACAAUUCUUUUCAUCGCUACUUGAUAACGUCAGCUGCGACAGCGAGCUCUCUUCGGAGAUUAUUGCGCGUCUCUCCACGGCACCGCAACAUCCGUCCACCCACAAUGGCCCCGUUAUACAGGUCUUCGCUAUCCCUGUACUGAGCGAUACCGUGGAAGGGCUUGUUGGCGAUGACACGCACAAGCCUAUAUGGAAAUGGGCAAAACCUAGUAGUAACUACGAUCCGAAGACCGGCUUUUGGGAGGUUGAGGUAGAUCGAGCUGUUGAGGACGGCGAGAGGCGCGCGGGGAAGGAGUUGCAAUUGCUCGUGCGGGGUGUUUCUACGGAGAAAUUUGAAGAGUUGAAGGAUCGUAGAGUAUGGUCUCUAGGCUAA